CUGUAACUAUGAGCGGAAGAGGCAAGGGAGGAAAAGGACUCGGCAAAGGAGGCGCCAAGCGUCACCGCAAAGUUCUCCGUGAUAACAUUCAGGGGAUCACCAAGCCUGCAAUCCGCCGUCUGGCUCGCCGUGGUGGAGUGAAGCGCAUCUCCGGUCUAAUCUACGAGGAGACCCGCGGUGUGCUGAAGGUCUUCCUGGAGAAUGUGAUCCGUGAUGCCGUCACCUACACCGAGCACGCCAAGAGAAAGACCGUCACUGCCAUGGAUGUGGUGUAUGCCCUGAAGAGGCAGGGCCGCACUCUGUACGGAUUCGGAGGUUAAACAAUUUGACAUCUGAUACAAAAACCACAAAGGUCCUUUUAAGGGCCACCCAUAUACUCCAAAAAAGCUGAAUUCCUCUGGUCAUACCUGUUUUAUAUAUCUCGGUGCAAGCAAGAACUCAUUUAUGUCCACCAUGUUUUGCAAAAAAUAAGUCUCCUUAAAUGACAUGUCACUCGGCGAAAUAUGACACGAUUGAUAGAAGACUCGGAGGAUGAAACCGUCUUUAUUAGUCACAUACACGCACACAGCCGAGCACACGCAGUGAAAUUUGUCCUCUGCAUUUAACCCAUCGUAGGAAUAGGAACAGUGGGCAGCUAUUGUGCAGCACCCGGGGAAGGUCUCUGCAUUUGACCCAUCCUAGUGUUAGGGGCAGUGGGCUGCCAUUAUGUACGGGGAGCAGUGUAGGGAACGGUGCCUUGCUCAGGGACACCACGGUAGCACUUGGUCUUUUGGGGACUUGAACUGGUGACCUUCAAGUUCCCAGGCCAAGCCCCUAUGGCCUUUUGCCACCACCGCUGAUAGUGACAUUAUCUGUGUUGAAGGACCGGCUGCACAGUGUUAUACAAUGUAAAUACAAAACUCCCUGGCAUUAACACUGGUUGCAAUGAACUUAAUGUAAAAUAAGAACUUUUCAUAGAAACAUUUCCAAAAUUCAGGUCAAAAUAUAACCUGGAAGAACAACAGCUCUUUUACGAGUGACCCACAUAACAUAAGUGUUUUGCUAUCAUGCUGGAAUCAAUUAUGUAACAUUACAAUAUUAGUGGUUGUUGAGAAUAAAUGUCAACCUAUUGUUGUACAUUAAAUAAAACCCAAAUUACAUCUCCCAAAUAACUUUCAGUAGGAUACUUGCAGUAUUUGACAUUCACCUAUUCGAAAAUGUUGCUCAGAUAUAAAUUCAAUGUGUUACACAGUGGAGUUUGAGACAAGUCCGUAUCCUGUGGGUAUUGUCCACAGUAAUCGAUGUAUUAGCCUACAUUUCUAUUAUAAUGUAAGAUGGUUUGAGCGCUUGGAAAAGAGCUCAAAUAAAUACCAUGAAUUAUUGGGUCCAAAUGUAUUUCAAUAAUCAGGAAAGGAUUUCUCAGAGCAACUUAAAUGUGACCCAGGUUUCCUUGCCAUAGCUAUUUACACUGUAGCUACAGUAUAUGUAACAACACAGCCAACACAUUUAUUUAUAUUUCAUGUCUAACACUUGGAUGUUAUGUUACAAAGAAUGUGUAUUCAAAGGGAACUAAUACAAACUAUACAUUUCAGUAGCGGUGAUUCUCUACAGAAUGUCUGCUAUUUUUAAUUAUUCAUGUGCAUAAGUUCGCACACAGCAGACCCUUUUUUGGCUAACUAGCUGCUAUUGACAGUUAUUGCACCACUGGUAUAGACAUGUACUGUCAUAAUACAUUUGUUCUCUGCCGUAUAUGCAUCCAUUUUCGUUUAACAGACUGCUAUUUUUAUAUAUUUAUUGUUGUGUCCCUUUUUUGAAUUGUUUAUUCUUAUUUUAUGUAUGUAUAUAUUUUAAUGUUUGGGAAGUAGGAAACAGCAUUUUGGUUUCCCUGUUUGUACAACACACAUAUAGAUAUUGAUAUUAAA